CUCCGGCGCAGCGCAGUGGGUUUUCUGAAGGCUGCGGCACGGGCCGCAUGCCAACACCGGUCGCGACCUCGUCCGCUCCUAUUAAAACAAGAUACAUCGACAAUCAGCCCUAGUAUUACCAAUAAUGCGAACCAUGUUCAUCGUGGCUUGUGUGUGUCUCGCCGGGCUGGUCGGGAGCGUGGCGCCGGCGCCGGCCGAGGGGUUCGUGUUCCCUGAUGAGCGCCGCGAGAAGAAAUUGGAGCCGAUUAUUACUCCGCCUGUUCUACCCGUGUUAGAGCAUUUAGAGCGCGAUCCGAGUACUUUGCUCCCCAGUGAGAAGGUUCAGAGUCGCUCGCGGCCGCAAGCCAAGCCGAGGUUCAAUGGGGGUGGGUUCAACGUGAGGCCCUCUGGGAACGGAGGGUUGACGGCGAGCGUGAGCAGCAGUGGCAGCUUCGGAGGAGCCAGCCAGUCAGCCUCGCAGUCAUUCUCCUUCGGCUUCAACGAAGGGUUCAGUGCAUCGCAGGCUGCUAGUCAAGCAGCCUCCUUCAAUGGAUUUGGCGGCUUCAGCGGCAGCCAGGCCAGCAGUCAAGCGGCUUCGUUUGGCGGGUCAUCUGUAUCAGGAGCAGCUUCGUCGGCUGCUGCCUUUGGAGGCGGCGGCUUUGGUGGAAACAGCGGGAGCCAAAGCGCUUCAUCCGCUUUUGGGUUCAACUCACUGAAUGGAUUCCCACAGGCUGAUCUGACAUUCGGCGAUGGAGCCUUCGACGUCAGACAUCGUGGGGUGCCAGACUUCCCCACCUUCCCAUCGGGGUUCCCUAACUUUUCAAGCCGCAAGGGUGCCGGAGCGGCCAUCUUCAAAUCACGGAAGGGUCCGUCCUUUAGGAGUGGGGACGAUUUUGUGUCUGUGGUUGUGUCAGACUAAGCAAUUUUUAACCAAAAUCAAUGUUAGUUCGGUGCAAAACAAAAGUCACGUGAUAUAAAUUAUGUUAAUCGUUUGAUGCAACGAAUGUGUUAGGCAGACAUGCAGGUUUCUCCAUCGUCAGUAGCUGUUAUCGAAAGAAUAAGUUUGACAUAGAAUAAUAUCUGCAGAAUUUUCCGGAUUUAAUACAAUUGCUAAAUCCGCUCUAAAUUAAAUCUGCAUUAAGUGCCGUUAAAAAUUGUACAUGUGCUCUGCUCAAAUAAUAAAAACUAUAGAAAAAUUCAAACUGAUAAGAAAAUUACCAGCUAGAGAAGUAGAAUUAGGAUUUGAAAUGGAAUUUAACAAAUAUAAACCUUUAACAAGUGACCAAAUCUGAGCACUCAUGUUUAAAGUGACAAAACUAGAAUUGUACAGGUUUGUUAUGUUGUAAUAGUUUUUCAAUUACACAUACAAAUGCGAGGUUACAAAACACACGUUACUAUUUCGUCUGCAGGCGUUUGUGUAACGUAAUAUCAAUAUAAAUAUUCACACAUCUUGCAAAAUUCGUCACAAGAUUGAUGUCAAUUGCGAAUUUUCGAUGUCGCUUGAACCCAAAUACUUAAUCUGCGACUUUUCGCAACACACAUGUAAGAGGAAAGCGAAAGUGUGUGCUGUGGUUGUUAUAUCCCACAAAAAUAAACGGUUGCAUCAAUAUUUGUUUUGCCACAAAAUGUGUAUUACGUUUAAAAUAAUACGUAACUUGUUCCGCCCUGUAUGUACACAGAGUGUAAUCAUUUGUGCACAUGGGCGAUUAAGUUUGUAUCAAAAUCGCAACAAUACCAAAAUCUUAACCUGUAAAGAUUAAUUAAACAUUUUCAUUAGGACGCACCGUUUUUCACAUAAUAUCACUAAACGCUUAAUUAUCUCCGAAACUGCUAUUUUCAUGUGUAUAGUUUGAAGGAAACUUUAUUUUCAGUACACCUGUGAGUUGUAACUAGAAACGGCUAAUAAAUGAACAUUUAUGCAUAAAAUUAUAGGUGAAAAUGUCACAAAAAGUAGAGUUUUUGUACGAGUUUCAGGAAUGAAAAUAACAAUGCUAGAAUAAUUUGCAUGGUUAGUUAUGUCUACUAUCUAGUCUUUUGAUUAUUGUAAUUCAGUGAUUUAAAGUGGAGUAUUUAUUGAAAAAAAUAUUUAUUUAUAUUUGUGUUAAGUAUCGUCAAAGUACUGUUCUCAGUUUUUUAUCAUUAAAAACCUUUUUAAAGUCUUCAUAAUACAUUAACCAACCAUCUAUCCAGAAUUAAGGACUCAAGAAUAUUUUUCACAAAACCAUAUCGAAGAGUAAAAUGAUGUUCAAAUAAAAACUUGACUGACAUUGUGUAUAGUUAAGCUAGUGAGUAAGAUUAUUUAUUAAUAAAAGACAAACAAGA